GGCGGGCGCCCCCUGGUGGCGGGGGGCGGGGCCGCGGGGCGGCGAGUGGUGCCGCACACGGAGCGGAGAUGGCGGAUGUGCUGCGCUGUGUGACUCGGGCCCUCGGGCAGGUCCGCGCGCACGGAGGCCUCCGCGGCUCCUUCUGGCAGAUCCUGAGAGUCAGUGACCUGAAAACCGGGACACUCGUUGGCGAAGACAAGUCCGGGAACCGGUACUUUGAAAACCAGCGCUAUUUCUUCGGGAGAAAUCGAUGGGUUGAAUACACCAAUGAGAUGAACGGAAAAAAUACCUACUGGGAUCUGGAUGGUUCUAUGGUUCCUCCAGAAUGGCAUCGCUGGCUCCAUUACAUGACCGAUGAUGCACCCAGUGUCCACCCGCCAGUUAGCCGCCCGUUUAUCUGGGAGACGCAUACGUUCAAUAUGAGCGGCACUGCAGGGCAGUACGUACCUUACUCAACCACUCGCAAGAAGAUUCACCAGUGGGUUCCACCACAAAGCUCCAGGCAGUGAACAGGCCGCAGCUGAACUGACCUGCUUGAGAUGCUACCCUCCCUCCUACCUUGACUUCUUCCGUGUGGAGUUCUUAUCCUAAUAAAGUUGUAUGCACUUUA